GUGUCCGAGCCGCGCUCCUUGUCAGUCGGCGCCGGGAAGCGGCAGGGGGCGGAGGCUGCGGCAAGAGCAGCAGCAGCGGCGCCGGCGGUGGAGGAGUCGGAGCAGCCUCCACCACCCGCCUCCCCCUCGCGGCUUCUUCUCCUUCUCCUUCCCCUCCUUCUCCUCCCGGCCUCGGCGGCGGCCGCCGCAGCCACCGCCACGCUGAGCCUCCAGCAGCGGGACUCGCCGCCGCCACAGCAGCAGCAGCAGCAGCGCAGGACCAAGGCAGCCGUCACGCUGAAGCGCCACAGGUAGCCUCGUUCAGGACGGACCCUUCUGGCACUUGACCAUUUUGCAGUGGAAUACCGGAAACGCGCAAAUCUGGGUUUGAAGCUAUGAGCUCGGUAGCAGUGUUAACACCCGAAAGCUUUGCUGAGCACCGCAGCGGGCUGAGGGAUGAAGAAACACGAGGUGGUGUCCCAGAGGAUGAGGCCUACAUCCCCACUUACUUGGAAGCCUUUCCGCCACUCCCAGAAAAGGGAGCCCCGGGGGAAAAGUCCAGUGAGCUUACGGGAGUAUGGAACAAAAUUCGGCCUAUCAAAUCCUCUGUCAUCACCCAGGUGUUUCACGUCCCCCUGGAAGAGCGACGCUACAAGGACAACAGCCAAUUCGGAGAAGGUGACGAGGCCAAGGUGUGCGUGGACAUCAUGCAGAAGACCGGGGCUCAUAUUGAGCUGUCCUUGGCCAAGGACCAGGGCCUGUCCAUCAUGGUGACCGGCAAACUGGACUCCGUCAUGAAAGCUCGGAAGGAAAUAGUCGCUCGGCUUCAGACCCAGGCUUCAGCUACUGUCACAAUCCCCAAGGAACACCAUCGCUUUGUGAUCGGCAAGAACGGCGAGAAACUGCAGGAGCUCGAGCUGAAGACGGCCACCAAGAUCAACAUCCCGCGGCCCGAGGACCCCAGCAACCAGAUCAAGAUCACGGGCACCAAAGAAGGCAUCGAGAAGGCGCGGCACGAGAUCUUGCUCAUCUCGGCAGAGCAGGAUAAGCGGGCCGUGGAGCGCUUGAACCUGGAGAAGGCCUUCCACCCUUUCAUUGCUGGAGCCUUCAACAAGGUGGUCCAGGAGAUCAUGCAGGAGACAGGGGCUCGCAUCAACAUCCCACCGCCCAGCGUCAACAAAGACGAGAUCAUCAUCACCGGCGAGAAGGAGCCGGUGGCCCAGGCCCUCCUGCGCAUCCGCAAGAUCUACGAGGAUAAGAAGCGCAAGACGACCACGAUCUCGGUGGAGGUGAAGAAGUCCCAGCACAAGUACAUCAUCGGCCCCAAAGGCAACACCCUGCAGGAGAUCCUGGAAGCCACCGGAGUCUCGGUGGAGAUGCCGCCCCUGGAAAGCAGCUCGGAAACAAUCAUCCUCCGGGGGGAGCCCGACAAGCUGGGUCCCGCUCUGACUCAGGUCUACGCCAAGGCGAAGAGUGUGAUGGUAGCUGAAGUAACCGCCCCAGCCUGGUUACAUCGUUUUAUAAUCGGAAAGAAAGGACAGAACAUUGGCAGGAUCACCCAGCAGCUCCCGAAGGUUCACAUCGAAUUCACGGACGGCGACGAGAAGAUCACGCUGGAAGGACCCACCGAAGAGGUGGAGCUGGCUCAGAUGCAGAUCCAGGAGAUUAUUCGGGACCUGCUCGGCCGGAUGGACUACACCGAAGUGCUCAUCGAUCAGCGGUUCCAUCGUCACCUGAUAGGGAAGAAUGGAGCCAACAUCAACCGCAUCAAGGAGCAGCACAAAGUCUCCGUCCGCAUCCCGCCCGACAACGAGAAGAGCAACCUGAUCCGGAUUGAGGGAGACCCGCAAGGGGUUCAGCUGGCCCGCAAGGAGCUGCUGGAGAUGGCUGCUCGCAUGGAAAACGACCGCAUGAAGGACCUCAUAAUCGAGCAGCGCUUCCACCGGACCAUCAUUGGGCAGAAAGGCGAGAAAAUCAAGGAGAUCCGUGACAAGUUUCCUGAGGUUAUCAUCAACUUCCCAGACCCUCUCAGAAAGAGCGACAUCGUGCAGCUACGUGGGCCCAAGAACGAAGUGGAAAAGUGCGCCAAGUAUCUCCACAAAGUCAUUGCGGAGCUGGUUGAAAACAGUUUUUCUAUUCCAGUCCCUAUUUUCAAGCAGUUCCACAAGAACAUUAUUGGGAAAGGAGGCGCCAACAUCAAAAAGAUUCGAGAGGAAACCAAUACCAAGAUUGACCUCCCCACAGAAAACAGCAACUCGGAGGUGAUCCUGAUCACUGGGAAGAAGGCCAACUGCGAGUGCGCCCGGGACCGCAUCCUGGCCAUCCAGAGGGAGCUGGCUAACAUAAAAGAAGUGGAUGUGUCUAUACCGGCCAAGCUGCAUAACUCCCUGAUCGGGGCCAAGGGGCGGCUAGUGCGCUCCAUCAUGGAGGAGUGUGGCGGGGUGCACAUCCACUUCCCUUCCGAGGGGUCGGGCAGCGACAAGGUCACCAUCCGAGGGCCUGGCGAGGAGGUGGAGAAAGCGAAACGGCAGCUGCUGCAGAUCGCGGAGGAGAAGCAAAUCAACAACCACUCGGCAGAGCUGCACGCCAAGCCAGAGUACCACAAAUUCCUGAUCGGGAGAGGGGGCGCCAACAUCCGCAGAGUGCGGGACCGCACCGGUGCCCGCAUCAUCUUCCCCAGCCCCGACGACAAGGACCAGGAGAUCAUCGCCAUCGUGGGGAAGGAAGAUGCCGUGCGGCAAGCCCAGCACGAGCUGGAAAGCCUCAUUUGCAACCUGGAUAACGUCAUCGAGGAUUCCAUGAUGGUGGACCCCAAGUACCACCGCCACUUUGUGGCACGCCGGGGGCACGUGCUGCGGGAGAUUGCGGAAGAGUACGGCGGGGUUGCGGUGAGCUUCCCACGGACGGGCGUCCAGAGCGACCGCGUGAUGCUCAAGGGAGCGAAGGACUGCGUGGAAGCUGCCAAGAGACGCAUCCUGGAGAUUAUCUGCGACCUGGAAGCUCAGGUGGUCCUCGAGUGCGUCAUCCCGCAGCGCUUCCACCGGGUCGUCAUGGGAGCCAAAGGUUACAAAGUGCAGCAGAUCACUCGGGACCACGACGUCCUGAUCAAGUUCCCGGAGCGAGAUGACAAUUCAGGUUCAGAAGCACAGUCUCAGGAAAACGGCGACAUCAGCCCCGAGCUGGACUCUGCCCCCCGCAAAUGUGACACCAUCCUUAUCUCGGGGCGCAAGGAGAAAUGCGAGGCGGCGCGGGCAGCUCUGCUGGCUCUGGUUCCCAUCACAGUGGACGUAGAGGUCCCCUUUGACCUCCAUCGCUACAUCAUUGGGCAGAAGGGGGCCGGCAUUCGCAAGAUGAUGGAGGAGUACGAGGUGAACAUCUCGGUGCCCCAGCCAGAGCAGCAGUCGGACGUCAUCAAGAUCACGGGCUUGGUCCCCAAUGUGGAGCGGGCCAGGGCCGGCCUCUUGGAGAGGGUCAAGGAGCUGCAGGCAGAGCAGGAAGACCGGGCGUUGCGUGGCUUCAAGCUGACGGUGAGCGUGGAACCCAAAUACCACCCAAAGAUCAUUGGCAAAAAAGGGGCGGUCAUUUCCCAGAUCCGGAAGGACCAUGACGUCACCAUCCAGUUCCCGGAUAAGGGGGAUGAGAAUCAGGACCUCAUCACGAUCACCGGCUACGAGAAGAACGCCGAGGGGGCCCGGGACGCCAUCUUGAAAAUUGUGGCUGACCUUGAGGAGAUGGUCAGCGAAGAUGUCCGCUUGGAUCACCGGGUUCACGCCCGUAUCAUUGGCGGGAGGGGCAAAGCCAUCCGCAAGCUGAUGGAGGAGUUUCGGGUCGACAUCCGCUUCCCUCAGCCGGGUUCCAGUGACCCUGACAGAGUCACGGUCACAGGGCUGCCCGAAAAUGUGGACGACGCUAUAGACCACAUGCUCAACUUGGAAGAGGAAUAUAUGAUGGACGUGGUGGAGACCGAAGCCAUGGCUGCGUAUAUGAAGCCUCCGUCCCGCUUGGAAGAGGAGCCCCGGGGCCCGGCCAAGGGCUUUGUGGUGCGCGAUGCCCCCUGGAACGCGUCUGGGAACAAGGCCCCAGAUGUGAGCAGCGCCGAAGAGUUUCCCGUCUUCGGCACCGGCGUGGUCCCCAAGCAGACGUCGGUCUGGGGCCCCAAGAAGUUCUGAGGCGGUGACAAUCCACUGCCAGCCAAGCA